GCUCGAGGCCCGCGCGUCCACCCGGGCCGCCGCCGCCGCGGUCCCCUGCGCUCCUCCCGCCUGCCACCGCACGCCCCCGCCCGGGCCGGCCUCACCUCCUCCGCGGCGGCGGCUUCCGCCCCUCGUCGCUGCGCUCCCGGAGGAAACGGAAGCAGGCGCGAGCCAUGGAAGGGAACCGGGAUGAGGCUGAAAAAUGUGUGGAGAUCGCCCGGGAGGCGCUGAAUGCCGGCAACCGCGAGAAGGCCCAGCGCUUCCUGCAGAAGGCCGAGAAGCUGUACCCUCUGCCCUCGGCCCGCGCACUGUUGGAAAUAAUUAUGAAAAAUGGGAGCACAGCUGGAAAUAGCCCUCAUUGCCGAAAGCCAUCAGGUGGUGGUGAUCAGAGCAAGCCUAACUGCACGAAGGACGGCACGCCUGGCAGUGGUGAGAGCGCCAAAGGCUACACCAAAGACCAAGUAGAUGGAGUCCUCAGCAUAAACAAAUGUAAAAAUUACUAUGAAGUACUUGGCGUUACAAAAGAUGCUGGUGAUGAAGAUUUGAAAAAAGCCUAUAGAAAACUUGCCUUGAAGUUUCAUCCAGAUAAAAACCAUGCACCUGGAGCAACAGAUGCUUUUAAAAAAAUUGGAAAUGCUUAUGCUGUUUUAAGCAAUCCAGAAAAACGAAAACAGUAUGACCUCACAGGCAAUGAAGAACAAGCCUGUAAUCAUCAAAACAAUGGAAGAUUUAAUUUUCAUAGAGGCUGUGAAGCUGACAUAACUCCAGAAGACUUGUUUAAUAUAUUUUUUGGUGGUGGAUUUCCUUCAGGUAGUGUACAUUCAUUUUCCAAUGGACGAACUGGUUAUAGCCAUCCACAUCAACAUCGGCAUAGUAGACGUGAAAGAGAAGAAAGAGGAGAUGGAGGUUUUUCUGUGUUUAUCCAGCUGAUGCCUAUUAUUGUAUUGAUCCUCGUGUCAUUAUUAAGCCAAUUGAUGAUCUCUAAUCCUCCUUAUUCCUUGUAUCCCAGAUCUGGAUCAGGUCAGACUGUUAAAAUGCGGACAGAAAACUUGGGUGUUGUUUAUUAUGUCAACAAGGACUUUAAAAAUGAAUAUAAAGGAAUGCUAUUGCAAAAAGUGGAAAAGAGUGUGGAAGAAGAUUAUGUGACUAAUAUUCGAAAUAAUUGCUGGAAAGAAAGACAGCAAAAAACAGAUAUGCAAUAUGCAGCGAAAGUAUACCGUGAUGAUCGACUUAAAAAGAAAGCAGAUGCCUUGAGCAUGGAGAACUGUAAAGAAUUAGAGCGGCUCACCAGUCUUUAUAAGGGAGGAUGAACUGGAAUUCCUGUUUAUACCUUUCAGUGUACUCUUUAUUUAUUUUUUUUUCUGUAAGUUUAGUUUCAUCAUGAAAGCUGAAGAAAAUCAUUGGAUAUUAAAAACCAAAUUAAUCAGUUGGUUCCUGAAAUCUUGGACAGUGUAUGGCCUAAUGGCGCGUUUAAAUAGUAAGAACUGAAAACUAAAGAUAAUAAUUUUAGUUAUGCUUUUGCAGUUACUUUCAUCCUAAAUGCCUACAUGAUUCUUAAAUAAAGGUGUCUCCAGAAAGAAUACUACCACAUCUAUAGUAAUUUCCAGUCUUGGUGGUUCUUCAUUUUUACCCAUGUCAUAAUAAAUAUUUAUAGAAUGAUAAUUUUGUGUGCAUACAGGUUACCGCUUUUGUAUUUAAAUUUUCUUAGUGUUUGGUCCCAUGAGGUACUUCAGUUUAAGUUAAUGGAACAGGUAUUACACAUAAAUUGCUUUUCCUUGUGUGUUAAAUAGGUGGGGUUUGAACAAUGAGAUUUUU